CAGGAUAUGGGCCAGAAAGGAUGGGAACUUGCAUGUUUACUUGAGACACCAGAGGUUAACUUUUCAGGUUUAGCUACAAUUAUCAUGAAAGUACUUCUGUUUUUCCAGAGGAAGAUAUUAGAAAAGAAAAAUAAUACUGAAAGUUAA